CACCCAAUCUUCUCUUUCUCUCUAUCUCUGUAUCAUCAAACCUCAAUCCUCUGUUUCUUCUCUGUUCACCAACCCAGAUUCUGAAAUAAAGUUCACUCCGGAUUAUUCUUUUGCAAGGAUCGGAAGCUUAAUUGAAGAUGCAGAACAAUCAGCAGCAAUCCUCAUUUUAUCAAUUCAGCGAUCAGCUUCGGGUGCAGAACUCCAACUUGGCUAAUCUAUCCCUCAACGAUUCACUUUGGAGCAACAAUUCAAUCUGGAGCAACAACUAUGUGUCCAAGAGGACCGAUGAGAGGAGGAAUUUCGACAUCAGAGUCGGUGGGGAACUCAAUCCUAUUCCUUCCAACAAUCUGCAGCCCAAAUCAUCCGAUCUUAAUGGGUUCAACGAUAGUUGGAAGAUCGGAGUGGGUAGCAGCGUCGGGUAUGGUCCGAUUGGACCCUUCGCCGUUGGGUCUCAGAACAUCAAUGGUGGGUUCAAUAAAGGGGUUUAUUCCAAAGCAAACGGCUACAACAGCAGUUUCGAUCUUUUCCCCAAAAACAGCAGCUUCGAUCUUUACCCAAAAAACAGCAGUUUCGAUGUUGGUUUCAAGAGGAAUAAUAAGAACAAGGGAAUCGAAGAACACGGAGGACCAAAGAGCGGUAAGAAGAACAGCAGCAACAACAACAGUAGUAAGAAAAACAUUAACAGCAAUGACAACGGCGGUGAAAACAAGGACAACAAAACUGCUGCGGACAAGAGGUUUAAGACACUCCCGCCGUCGGAGGCUCUGCCGAGGAAUGAAACCAUUGGUGGCUACAUCUUCGUCUGCAACAACGAUACCAUGCAAGAGAAUCUGAAAAGACAGCUCUUUGGUUUGCCUCCACGUUACCGAGAUUCAGUGCGGGCGAUAACACCAGGUCUUCCUCUUUUCCUGUACAACUACUCCACCCACCAACUCCAUGGAGUUUUUGAGGCUGCAAGUUUCGGUGGGACAAACAUUGAUCCGACCGCCUGGGAGGACAAGAAGUGUCCCGGAGAAUCUCGGUUCCCUGCUCAGGUUCAGGUUAUUACAAGAAAAGUGUGUGAGCCACUGGAAGAGGACUCUUUCCGACCAAUUCUCCACCACUACGACGGCCCCAAGUUCCGUCUCGAACUGAGUGUGCCGGAGGCAAUUUCCCUCUUGGACGUAUUUAGGGAACAAGAGCCUUGGAUGCUUGGACAGGUGAACAUAGAGGGUGUGAUAGGUUGAUGAUAACAUCAUACAGAGAGACAGACAGAGAGUUUGUUUAUAACCUACAGGAAUUAAUACAGCGUUAUGAAGAUAAACGAGUUUGGAAGAAGGAAGAUUCAUAGAUAAGAUAUAAACACAGCGUAUACCUAUUAAUGGUUUAGAAGUUGGAAGCUUGUUGUGUUUCGGGGCCUUUUGGGGGCUCUGUUUUUGUUGUUGGAGUUUGGCUUUAUACAUAAAUUAUGAACAUGAGGAAACUAGCAGUAUUAUCUAGUAUGAUGUUCUAUUAUCCUUCUUAAAACUCCUAUAUGCUAUUGAUGGUGCUGUUCUGAUAUAAUAAAAGUUUAUUAUUACU